GCACCCGAAAUUCAGUCGAUGGCCAGUCUUCAGUUCCACGGCAAUGUCAAUGCGGACAUCAGGUAUGAUAUUAGCCUGGAUCCGGCUAGGGAAUCGAACCUCUUCCGCCUGCUAAUGAGACAACAGUUGGCGAUGGGCACGCGGCCAUCUCCGCGGUUGCCCAAAUGGUGGCCGAAGCGGCUGGAAAUGAUGGGCCAAGUGCUGGCCAAGGCCUAUAGUUCCAUGGUGAUAUUUACUUCGCUGCAUUUGGGUGUCCUGUUCACCAAAACCACACUGGAUGUCCUGCCGACGGGGGAGCUGCAGGCCAUAACCGAUGCACUCACCAUGACCAUAAUAUACUUUUUCACGGGCUACGGCACCAUCUACUGGUGCCUGCGCUCCAGGCGCCUUUUGGCCUACAUGGAUCACAUGAACCGGGAAUAUCGCCAUCAUUCGCUGGCUGGUGUGACCUUUGUGAGUGGCCAUGCGGCCUACAGGAUGUCCAGGAACUUUACGCUGGCGUGGAUGAUGUCCUGCCUGCUGGGCGUGAUAUUCUGGGGCGUUUCGCCAUUGAUGAUGGGCAUACGUAUGCUGCCGCUCCAUUGUUGGUAUCCCUUUGAUGCCCUGGGACCCGUCACAUAUUCGGCGGUGUAUGCCACACAACUUUUCGGCCAGAUCCUCGUGGGCAUGACAUUUUCAUUCGGGGGAUCCCUGUUCGUCACCUUGAGCCUGCUGCUCCUGGGCCAGUUCGAUGUGCUCUACUGCAGCCUGAAGAACCUGGAUGCCCAUUCCAAGCUGCUGUCCGGGGAGUCUAUAAACGGCCUAAGUUUGCUGCAAGAGGAGUUGCUGCUGGGAGACGCGACCCGGGAAUUAAAUCAGUACGCUCUGCUGCAGGAGCACCCGACGGAUCUGCUAAGGAUGUCGGCAGGACGAAAAUGUCCUGGCCAGGGCAAUGCAUUCCACAACGCCUUGGUGGAAUGCGUUCGCUUGCAUCGCUUCAUCCUGCACUGUGCCCAGGAGCUGGAGAACCUAUUCAGCCCAUAUUGUCUGGUCAAGUCCCUGCAGAUCACCAUCCAGCUUUGCUUGCUGGUCUUUGUGGGCGUUUCGGGUACUCGGGAGGUCCUGCGGAUUGUUAACCAGCUGCAGUACUUGGGAUUGACCAUCUUCGAGCUCCUGAUGUUCACCUAUUGCGGCGAACUCCUCAGUCGGCAUAGCAUUCGAUCUGGCGACGCCUUUUGGAGGGGCGCGUGGUGGCAGCACGCCCACUUCAUUCGCCAGGACAUCCUCAUCUUCCUGGUUAAUAGUCGACGGGCAGUUCACGUGACGGCUGGCAAGUUUUAUGUGAUGGAUGUGAAUCGCCUAAGAUCGGUUAUAACGCAGGCCUUUAGCUUCUUGACUUUGCUGCAAAAGCUGGCUGCCAAGAAGACGGAAUCGGACCUCUAAUCUGGUAGCACACUCGUUCGUAGGCGUUGAUAUUUAUUUUGCACAUUAAAAACCAGUCGAGUAAAAUGCAAAUAAUAUUUGCGUUUCCGCGUACCAAUGUUUGCUUAACAUUUUGCAGCACAGCCAGAUUGUGGGUCCCACUCACUUUUGGUCGCAGGAAACCUCCGCGAGAGCGUCUUUGAGUCCCAUGUCUCUUUUGCCCUCGGCUUGUCACUGAUAAACAGCCCAUUCCUCAAAAAUGUUUUCGGGACAGAUUCCACGUUUUGAAAAUUUAAGCACUUUGUAAGGCGAUAAUUAGAUGCUCUUUAGAGGAAGGUGUACUUGGGUUUUUUCUUCCGCAAGUUCUAGAGCCCGUCAGAAAUAAGUGAACGAAAUUGUACCAUCUAUUCAUGCAAAUUUAUUAGUUUUGAUUUUUCAAUUUAAACACUAAAAGCUUUUUUCCUAUGGUACACACACUGGUGCUUAAAGUCUGUAGUAUUUUCAACAAGCCAAAAUGCAAAAGGCUCCAAAAAUAUUCUGUUUGACAGAAUUUUGAGUGCCAGCUAAUGUACCCACUUAAAAUGGGCCUUGUUGUAAUGUCCUACGCGUAUCUGUUGUGCAAAGUUCUCAGAUUUUGUAAGACGCCUAAAAGUCGACUUUAAUUUUGCGAUUGCACGUCGUACGCACAGAAACUUAUGGCAAAGUUUUCAACUCAUUUGCGCUUUGCAUUUUUCAUUGUGUCACAGACACAAAAUACCCAGACACCCACACCCACACCCACAUAGCAAAAAGUUCUCAUUCUUUGCUCACUGACUUGCUAUAACUUUGGAUCCGGGUGGAUAAAUGGUUGGCGGUGCCGGGAAAGUGGGAAAUGCGAAAUGGGGCAUGUGGAAUGAGGAAUGAGGUAUAAGGCAUGUGAAUGGGGGGCAUUGCUACGUGUGUAUUUAUAGGGACUCAUUUGUUUCAGUUUUUGCCGCCUACUUUGGGCACCCAUAGCGCUUAGAUGAUUACCUUUUUGUUCGCUUUGUAUUGUGCUUUUUGUGCUCGGUUCGCUCGGUUCGGUUUCGUCAGCGGAAAUGCCUUUCACUUUCUCCACUUCCGCUUCCUCUCCAUGCUAACUACCUUUAUGCGUGUCUACGCGCAGAGCCAGCAGGACAUUUAUAUUACACGAUAUUUGAUAAGCGCACUGCACAGUUGAGCUCGCCGGUCCGCAGACAAAUGUUCUGCCAUAUUUCCCCCACAAAAGCCACUCGAUGCCAUGGCAACGGGAAGCGAGGCAGGCCAUCGUGGCAUCGGCAACGGACCAAGGUCAAGCACACUGCCCAAGUGGCCGGUCUCCAUGGUAUUAGCUGGAAAAAUAAUGCAUUCAAUGGCAGGAGCAUUUGCAUCGCCCAUCGACCAAAGUCCGUAAAUGGAGACAUAAGCUGGCGCUAUGAUUGCCCGGAUGAAUCCAGCCAUCUGGAAUCAUUGGAAGCAUCAGCAUGGAUCUAUCUCACUGGGUGGUGGCUCAUUAAAAUGCUAAUCAAAGGAAUUCAUUAAUAUCAAUAUUGGAAAAAUUUGUCUUUCCCGAUACGAAUAUUAUUAAAAAAUGUAAAAAUUUAAUUAAAGUUGGUUAAA